AUGGACACGCUAAGGAACAACAGCUCUGUUGCUAACAUAACAAUAGAAACGCAAGAGCCUGAUAACUUUGACCAGGGUGCAAGUAUCAGGAGAUUGAUAGCGACUAUAGCGUUUUGGUUGAUCAUCACUGUUGGUAUUAUGGGUAACUGUCUGGUAAUUGUCGUUGUGAAGACACUUAGCAGCAUGCGAACAACCACUAACUACCUCUUGGUUAGCAUGGCUGUGGCAGACUUCAACACUCUGCUUUUUUCAGCAGUCUUAUUUUUAAUUUUGACCACAAAUACCCCGAUUCGUUCUAGAUCACUAGCAGCGUUUCUUUGCAAAUUUAUCCUCACCAAUACUGUUUCAAUCGUCACGCUUCUCGUAACAGCCUUGACGCUGACAAUGCUGGCUAUUGAAAGAUAUCACGCUCUGGUGAAUCCGCUGACUCUGUCUGAAAGACUAAACAUGGACAACAUUGUUUACGUAAUAGCUGGAAUCUGGUUGCUUGCCAUAGCGUUAGGAACUCCCGUCUUUGCAGCUUUCGACUGGGAUUCAUAUAUGCGUUAUUGCUCUCUUGGUGAAGCAGAGCUGAGUAAAGUGAACCACACAUAUGAGCACCUUCAAAUUGGUUCUCAGUAUCUUACACUUCUAAAUUGUUCCAUAAAUCCUUUUAUCUAUGCUUUUCAAAGCUCGAGUUAUCGACGUGCUUUUAAGGUCAUUAUCAAGAAAAUGUUAUGUCGUGAUGUUAGCUAUGAACUGUCAGAACUGCUUGAAAUGCGCACGCGAACGUUUGUAUUCGAAGCAUGUGACGCGUUUGAAGUGUGUGAUAAGUUGUUUCGGUUUUGA